UGGCAAGUACGAGCUUGAGAGAGAAAGUCAAAAUGGCGGAACAACCGCUUCCCUUCUCUUUCCGUGUAGUCAGCCAUCAUGCCUCCGAAGAAGGACACGAAGGGGUCUUCUAAACAACCCCAGAAGACCCAAAAGAAGAAAGAGGGAGGAUCUGGAGGCAAGGCGAAGAAGAAGAAGUGGUCCAAAGGAAAAGUACGUGAUAAGUUAAACAACCAGGUGUUGUUUGACAAGGGUACCUAUGACAAAUUAUUGAAAGAAGUGCCGCAAUACAAAUUGAUCACCCCAUCGAUAGUCAGUGAACGUUUGAAGAUCCGAGGAUCACUGGCUAGGAGAGCGCUGAUUGAGUUGCAACAGAAAGGACUCAUCAAACAAGUCGUACAACACCAUGCCCAGCUGAUUUACACUCGUACGACAAAGGGUGAUGACCCCCCCACAUAAACGCUAAAUUUAUACUACGUACGAAUCAGUUUAAUUAAUAAAAAAGAUAUAAAAGCAAGUAUAUGCAAUGA